UCCAUCGGGCGGCUCGUCGUUUAGUCUACGCUAUCAAGUCGAACAGAUCGGAUCAGAAAAACCCUAAGCUCGUGAGGAAAUUUGAACCAGAUUUUCUUUCAUUCCAAGGCUUUGAAAGUUGAAAUAUUUUAGUGUUUUAAAAGUGCUAAAGUGAGAUUUUUAAGUUCAAUUGCAAAAGAUUUUCACACGUGGUGGCAUCCUGAACGAUGGCAAAGGUUCCAGCAGUCGGUAUCGAUCUGGGCACGACAUACUCGUGCGUGGGCGUUUUUCAGCACGGCAAGGUGGACAUCAUCGCCAAUGACCAGGGCAACCGGACCACCCCGUCCUAUGUGGCAUUUACCGAUUCGGAGCGGCUGAUUGGCGAUGCCGCCAAAAAUCAGGUGGCCAUGAACCCCAACAACACUAUCUUCGAUGCCAAACGUUUGAUCGGUCGCAAGUUCGACGACCCAACCGUGCAAGCAGAUAUGAAGCACUGGCCCUUCGAUGUGGUCAGCGAUGGUGGUCGUCCGAAGAUGAAGGUUGAUUAUAAGGGCGAAACGAAGACGUUCUUCCCGGAGGAAAUCUCCUCAAUGGUGCUGACUAAAAUGAAGGACACCGCUGAGGCUUAUUUGGGCAGCAAGGUGGCUAACGCUGUCAUUACCGUUCCAGCUUAUUUCAAUGAUUCUCAACGUCAGGCCACCAAGGAUGCCGGUGCCAUUGCCGGAUUGAAUGUGCUGCGAAUUAUUAAUGAACCGACUGCGGCUGCUAUUGCCUACGGUCUGGAUAAGAAAGCCGCUGGCGAGAGGAAUGUUCUGAUUUUCGAUCUUGGUGGUGGUACUUUUGAUGUGUCGGUUUUGACCAUCGAAGAUGGCAUUUUUGAGGUUAAGUCUACUGCUGGUGACACCCAUCUGGGAGGUGAAGAUUUCGAUAACCGCAUGGUUAGCCACUUUGUCGAGGAGUUCAAGAGGAAGCACAAGAAGGAUUUGUCCAGCAACAAGCGUGCUGUGAGACGUCUGCGCACGGCCUGUGAAAGGGCGAAGCGAACCCUGUCUGCUUCGACUCAAGCCAGCAUCGAAAUUGAUUCCUUAUUCGAAGGUAUCGACUUCUACACCUCGAUCACUAGGGCUCGUUUUGAGGAACUCAACUCGGAUCUGUUCCGUGACACGAUGGAACCUGUUGCUAAGGCUCUUCGUGAUGCCAAGAUGGAUAAGAGCAACAUCAACGACAUUGUACUUGUUGGUGGAUCUACUCGUAUCCCGAAGGUACAGAAGUUGCUGCAGGAAUUUUUCAACGGCAAAGAGCUGAACAAAUCGAUCAAUCCAGAUGAGGCUGUUGCCUAUGGAGCUGCUGUUCAGGCCGCAAUUCUUCAGGGAGACAACUCUGAAGCUGUCCAGGAUCUGUUGCUUCUGGAUGUUACCCCACUGUCUUUGGGUAUCGAGACCGCCGGAGGAGUAAUGACCGUGCUAAUCAAGAGAAACACUACCAUCCCUACGAAGCAGACUCAAACCUUCACCACUUAUUCAGAUAACCAACCUGGAGUGUUGAUCCAGGUAUUUGAAGGCGAGCGUGCCAUGACUAAGGACAACAACCUGUUGGGCAAGUUUGAACUCAGUGGAAUUCCACCAGCCCCUCGAGGUGUGCCACAGAUUGAGGUUACCUUCGAUCUCGACGCCAACGGUAUUAUGAAUGUGUCGGCUAUUGAAAAGUCUACCAACAAGGAAAAUCGCAUCACUAUCACCAACGAUAAGGGUCGUCUCAGCAAGGAUGAUAUCGAUCGUAUGGUGAAUGAAGCCGAGAAGUUCCGCAAUGAAGAUGACAAGCAACGUGAGAAGAUUGCUGCCAAGAAUUCGUUGGAGUCCUAUUGCUUCAAUAUGAAAUCAACGAUGGAGGAUGCCAACGUUAAGGACAAGAUUCCGGAUGCUGAUAAGACUCUUAUCAUGGACAAAUGUAAUGCUACCAUUCAGUGGCUCGAUGGUAAUCAAACUGCUGAGAAGGAGGAGUUCGAACACAAGCAGAAGGAAUUGGAAGCUGUGUGCAAUCCGAUCAUCCAGAAGUUGUACCAGAGCACCGGUGGGGCUCCACCCGGUGGUAUGCCAGGUGGUAUGCCUGGAGCCGGAGGACCUCCACCACCAUCCGGUGGCGCUGCUGGACCCACCAUUGAAGAGGUUGAUUAAAGAAUGAGUGCAGUUGUUGAAUGACAUCAUUAUUUGGUUGAUUUAUUUUUGAAAUCAAGCAAAUACCAAUAAAAAAACAUCUAAUUUA